AUGAGCUUCAGAGGAUGCGAGUGUGUAGCGCCAUUUGUAGUCCGAGGUGAUGUGGUCCUGUGUGUCGGACUGCAAAUCGUGAGCUUCAUGUUCUGCUAGCUCGCUGAUUGGGAGCUAUGGCGUGCAAUCACCAUUCAUCGGCAAGCCUGUCUAUGAUGCAUCAACCACCUAAGUGUUUCCCCAGUCCAACUUACAGCUUUAUUGACUAUCUCGCCAAAGUUUUCGGUCGAAGAGAUGAUUCCACUGAUGCUGACAUUCGCUCCCCCGCGUGGUCUCCUGGCUUUCCUGACGACAUGAUCUUGAUCCGACCCUCCUCAGUCGAUGACGCUUACUCGCACAGCCCGCCCUUCUAG